AUGAAUAAAAACUUAACAAAAGAAUUUCAAGAUUUCAUCAACAGUUUUCAAAAAGCUAAUAGAAAAGGAGUAAUGACAGUUGGAAGAAUUAAGCUAUUCAAUGACCAAUUUGAUACAAAUUUUCAAAUCUAUAACCCUAAAGACAGUCAUUUUCAUCCAAGAUAUGUAUCCGAGGAAUUAGAUUGGGUUUUAUAUUUACAUAACUCACAUUUCUGUUUGAUAAGAAGAAAUAACAAAGCUUUAGGUAUUAAAGAAAUAGAAGAAAAUUAUGAACAGGUAUGGAAAACAUGUAGAGAUGAUAAUACCAUAACACAAGUUUCACCUUUAAAAUUAAAUGUUUUUCCAACAAUUCAUGAUGAUUGUUUAUUCGCUUGGGAUUGUGAAACAUAUUGUGAAGAGGGGGUUAAUAAAGCUAUUCCUUAUUGUUCUACUUUAGUCAAUUUGGAAAAACUAAGAAAAACCUUAGAUGAUUAUAAUAAUUAUUUAAAUGAUUUUUAUGAUUUUAAUGAGACUCUAGAUUUUAAGCCGCCAGAUCCCAUUCCAGAAGAAUUUUACAAUAGAUUAAUGAAUAUAGUAAAAAUGUUUGUAGGAACAGAUUGUAUAGAUCAAAAGUUAAAACAUUUAGGUCAAUAUGAUAGAAAGAGAUUAACAUUAAUUUCUCAUAACGGUAGUGGUUUUGACAAUUGGAUAAUCCUUAAAAACCAUGAAAAAUCUAGUUUGGCGGCAUGGAGGAAUUCAUCUAAUCUACCAAUGAAUUUGAGAAAGAUCACUGAUAUCGACAUUACUAAAUACACAGAGGACAACUGGGAACCUUUAAGACAUGAAUAG